AUGACCGUCGAUGACCAGAAGGCACUCCUUGAUAGGCCAUUUGGAGUUGAUGAUGAAGAGUCCAUGACCAAGUCAAAGCAUCUCCGGAUUGGCAAGUUGGCGCUCGCAUCGCUCUUACUAGCUUGUUUUCUAGCCAAUGCGGAUGAAUCCUUUAUCCUUACGACAGGCAGUGAUGUCGCCGCCGCUCUCGAAGCACCGGACUAUACCUCGUGGCUUAUUACUUCGUAUAAUCUGGGCUAUACAACUGCGCUUCCAUUGCACGGUCAAAUAUGCGAUUUGACUGGACCCAAAAGAGCCAUUCUAUUAGCCUUGGUCAUGUAUGGAUCUGGCUGCAUUAUGACGGGAAUCUCGGGUUCAAUCCACGUCGCCCUCGCUGGUCGUGUUAUCUCAGGAAUCGGCGGUUCUGGAAUGGUUGAACUAGUCUCCGUUCUGGUAAAUGAAAUGGGCAGCUUUCAUCGCGUCGCGGUGUUGCGCUCUUAUGUUACCACGUCUUCGAUAAUGGGAAUUACUUGCGGUGCUCCCUUGGGUGCUCUGCUCACUAGCUACCUUGGCUGGCAAUGGGCAUUCUUGAUACAUGUCCCAUUUGCGAUCCUGUGUAUCGCCGUGAUCUUUCUUACACUUCGCAUUGAGAAGCCGCAGUCUAAUAUCCCCACUGGACAAACAUAUGGAGCGAUUGAUGCGAGUAAGGAUGGUGGCGCUAAGUUGAAACAGAGGUCUUUCGAUGUUGCAGGGCUUGUUUUUCUCAUGGCCGCAAUCGUAUGCUUGCUUGGCCUAAUUCAAGUGAUCCCAGCGCAAGAUAUGGAGAAUAGGUCAAACUCUCUGGUCACUCUAGGGGUCGCUUGCUUGACAUGCUUUGCGGCGUUCUUCAUCAACGAAGCCUAUGUGGCCCAAAACCCAUUGAUCCCGCUUUUCCUCCUCAAGCCACACAACCUCGGCUUGAUUUAUGCCGCUCAAGUGCUUAUUGGACUGACAAACUCUGCUUCAAUACCGAUAGUUUCGGACUACUGGGUCACCACUCGAGGGUUCUCAGCCGUGGAGGGCGCAAUGUGCUGGGCGCCAUCUACCUUUGGAUUUGCGGUUGGCUCACUAAUAGCUGGCAGGUUGAUACAAAGCUCGGGCAGAUAUCUUCUUUACACAAAGAUCGGCGUUCCGCUGGCUUGUUCGAGUUUUCUCCUUAUGCUGAUACGAUGGGCAUUGUAUGAACCGAAUAUGUGGGAGAUCACGUAUUCAUUUGCCUCGUCGGUGGGACUCGGAAUGAUUCUUUCUUCUCAAUUUGUUGCCCUAUCAGCCGCCAAACCGGAGGCAAAUGCGGCUACAUCCGUCACGACUUUCUACCUUUGCCAGCAGAUAGGCUUUAUGGCAGGUGUAACCUCAUCAAGGGCCUUGGUCAGGAGCGCCAUUGAAAGUGGACUGAAAGCUGCUCUUGGGAACAACACUGGAAGCCGGGAGGUAAGUCAACAUCUACCGAUCCUAUCACUGCAAAAGACUUACGAUUUCAAUGACGAAUAG